CAUGAACUCCCUGACAGUCAAUUUCCACCAAACAAUGGUUCAGACUGGGCAUGCUCCAUGUCCUUUGAGAAGAGGGACAGUGGGAAUCAGCUGUGAACAAUGGUUAUAGCCUAAUCGUGGUUUUUCGUUCUGGUGAUAUUUCGUUUUGAGUGCCCUGGCUGUCGUCUUUACUUGUGCAUUUCUUCUUCGUAUUCUCCAUUUUUGUCUUGUACUUCUUCGAGGCAAUUCUGAGAACCCUCACCCACCCCGCCGCGAGCACUGCUGGAUAGACAACACCGCGGAGUGAACGGAGGGCGCGCGCGUGCCUCCCUGCCUUGCUUUCUUCAGACUUCACACGGUGACACGGUUGACUGCUCGCCCUCCUGCAGCUCUAACACAAGAGAAUACCAGGCAUCGAUCCGCCAAAUGCAUACGUGAAAACAACAAUUACCAGCCGAAGAAAAAGACUCAGUCACGGAUACCUGCGUGUGAGGAAAAGGCGCGGCGCGUGAAACAUCCACACAUACCAGUUGCUGUCACUGUUUCGUUUAACGGAAAAAUUACAUUUUCUUUCGUUUUGGAGAAGGAAAUAAGCGAAAGAUAGGCUACAUGAGAAGAUCGAUAGCAGUCUGAAUGGUAAGGAAGGUGCCUGAGAGAGAGAGGUGGAGAUAAAGAGAGAGGGAGGGAGAGAAAGAGAGAGUGACCGGUGCUGUCCUUUCAGCACCACGGAACGCAGUCUCACUCCGCAUCCAGAACCGCAGUCACCUUGCCUAUGAAUGUCAUAAACUGAUUAUACCAAAACCACCAGGACAGGAGAGUCGUGUUGGAUUCGGAUUAGAAAGAAGACGAAAAAAAACACACCCAUUUUAUCUUCUUCACCUCUCGCAUUUAUACUACAAUGAGGUGACGUCCAUUGUUAAUGGAAUGCCAGUGGCUAUAAUCGUUUUGGAUUUUUUUUCUGCUCUGGGCUCUUAAGUGCAUUGUAAUUGCCAGCCAGGAUUGAAGAAAACUGAGGUAUAAUCUGUUAUAAUCAGUGGCCAAGUGCAAAAGUCGGCCUAUAGGCUAUAUUAACUCUUCUUAGAUCUGUAGCCUGUAAUCGCAUCAUCAGAUUAUUUUGCGCGUCGUUGUAUUUCUUUUCUUCCCAGUACCUUCCUCAUUUGCUAAUCCCGUUUAUGCGAAGAGAGCUAGAGCCAUAGACGGCGACUGUUGUUGCACGAGUUCUCCCUCCCGCAGUGGCGUGCGGUGCUCGCAGAGUUGCCGUUGUGAUGCCGGUAACUUAUUGGAGACAUGCCUAAGGGACGCAAUGGGCCUGAGCGACGAAAAGGAUCGCAUUGUGAUAAACGUGGGAGGGAUCAAACACCAGACAUACCGCGGUACUCUGCGAACCCUGCCAGGCACCCGCUUAUCUUGGUUGGCCGAACCAGAUGCGGCUGGCCACUUCGACUGGGACGACAAAAAUGAGGAAUUCUUCUUUGACCGCCACCCUGGCGUCUUCGCUCACAUCCUCAACUAUUACAGGACAGGUAAACUGCACUGCCCGGCAGAUGUCUGCGGACCCCUAUACGAAGAAGAACUGGCCUUCUGGGGCAUCGAUGAGACAGACGUGGAGCCGUGUUGCUGGAUGACCUACAGCCAGCACCGGGAGGCAGAGGAAGCGCUCGACAGUUUUGGCGGGGGGGCCCUGCUGGACCUUACCGGGAAUGAUGAUAUGGACCCGGAGGCCACGGCCGACCAGGGGGACGGUGUCGGUGAUGAUGCGGAUGAGAUGACUAGGAGGCUGGCGCAGGGAGACUCUCCAGGCGCAAAGGCAGGGGGUCUCUGGGGUCGCUGGCAGAAACGCAUGUGGGCUCUUUUCGAGGACCCCUAUUCCUCUAAAUACGCAAGGUGGAUUGCCCUGGCCUCUCUAUUUUUCAUCCUUGUCUCCAUCUCCACCUUCUGCCUGGAGACCCACGAGUUCUUCAACCCCAUUGUGAACCGGACCGAGCUGGUGCAGCUCAACAAUGAGACGGUGGAACAUGUAUACCAGGAGACGGAGACGGUGGUCUAUCUCACCUACAUCGAAGGGGUCUGCGUGGUCUGGUUCACGUUCGAGUUCAUGAUGCGAGUUAUAUUCUGUCCAGACAAGAUGGAGUUCAUGAAGAAAGCUCUCAACGUUAUCGACUUUGUGGCCAUCUUGCCGUUCUACCUGGAGGUUGGGUUGAGCGGGCUGUCGUCUAAAGCGGCCAAGGACGUGCUGGGCUUCCUGAGGGUGGUGAGGUUUGUCAGGAUCCUGCGUAUCUUCAAGCUGACCCGUCAUUUUGUGGGCCUGCGGGUUUUGGGUCACACGUUACGAGCUAGCACCAACGAGUUCCUCCUGCUCAUCAUCUUCCUCGCCCUCGGAGUCCUCAUCUUCGCUACGAUGAUUUACUACGCCGAACGGAUGGGAGCCGAUCAAACCGACCCACGCGCCAGCGAACACACGCACUUCAAGAACAUCCCCAUUGGAUUCUGGUGGGCUGUUGUUACCAUGACGACCCUCGGCUAUGGCGACAUGUACCCCCAGACAUGGUCGGGUAUGCUGGUUGGCGCACUCUGUGCCCUGUCGGGUGUCCUGACCAUCGCCAUGCCUGUCCCUGUGAUUGUCAACAACUUUGGAAUGUAUUACUCAUUGGCCAUGGCGAAACAAAAGCUACCAAAGAAGAAAAACAAGCACAUCCCCAGAGCACCUCAACUAGGAUCCCCCAACUACUGUAAGUCCGGUCUCAACUCUCCGUCAACACCCCAUAAAGCGCCACUCCUACCCGAAAGCCCGAACAUAGUCCACCCUGUCAUGGCUCUGGCUCAAAACAUGGCGCCGGCACAUGAUGACGUCUUCGAAGUAAAGUUUCCAGAUGCCCUACCUCUCCUCCCAGAGUCUCAAUCAGAUUCCAAGCUGAAUGGAGAGGCAGCCAACGCAGCUCUAGCCAAUGAGGAUUGUCCUCAUAUAGACCAGGCCAUCUCGCCAGAGGAGAUCUUCAGCCCCAAUGAGAGAGAACGGCCUUGUUUUCUCGUCACCACAGCAGCUGAACGGCCUAACCACACAGGUGGAAGAGUCAGGAGGGAGACCACCCAGCGACUGCACCGGAGCCGACAAGCAACCUCAGACUCCGUUUGUGUUAUGAAUCAUGGUGUUCCCACCACAAUGUGUAUGACCCAUAAAAAGACCCCACCGCACCAACCCAAACCCGCCACCUGAUUAUACAGUAACCUCCGCUGUUGUGUGUAGAAAAUACGCAUUGAAAAAAAAAAACAAUAAUAAUAAAUGUAUGUGUUGCCAUGGCAACCUGUAAGCCACUGACUCGACAGUUCCCCGGGUGUCCUUGCAGCGCGAUAGUUUUGGCGGGGCUUGUACAAUCCUCAGCCGUCAAAAGUAGUGCGCUACAAAGACACGCCCUGUUCCAAGACACAUACUGACUCGGCGUAGAUGUAGCACAGAGGGAGUUGUGUUGUCAAGCCUUCUGUGGCUCAGUAUUUGUGACUGGUUAUUGUGCUGUACUGUUGUGUUGCCUAUUUAUGUUGUGUACGUGCCUAGUGCCUGUAUAUAUGCUUUUGUGUGCAGAAGUCGUGUACUACUCCCAAAUGUUUUCUUUCGGGCGUGUGGGGUUAUCAAAUAUUUGUGCUGUUUCUGUUAAAAAAAAAAGAAAGAAAAAAUAUGUUGCUCGGAUCAGUUCUAUCCUGGUAUUCACCUUAUCACAUAUCAGGACAGCCAGACGAAAUCUAGUUAAAAGCAAGUCUUUACCUGGAAAGGUUUCACUCUGGUAGCACAUCUGAAUGAUAACCAUACUAAUAAUCGCCUUUUGCACUGUUUGCACAUGUGAACUUUUAACAUUCCUUUCGUUAUACUUAGAGGUAUCAAACACAGUUCACGUAAAUUCAGGCCAAAUAUGUGCAAUAGCAUUAUUCAUGUAAAGGUUAUACAUGUGUUAGCUGAGCCAAGGCAUUAGAAAGAUCAGAACUGCUGUUGGUCCUUUACAAACUUACGACGGUUGGUUAAGCAAAUUCCUCUCUAGGGUUAUGUGACUCAAAGCCUUUCAAAUCCUAUACAAAAAUUCGUUCAUGUCAGAUAUCCACGUAAUAUUGCAGUGGAAUAUAACGAGUGUAUCCUUGUUCAAUAUCAUGUCUACAACUUAUUUGUCCAGCGCGGACCAGGUUUGGGGUCUUAAUCGGCGAUUUUGGGUGCCUAUGUUUUUCGCCAUCGAGCAAAUCCAUUCGUCAGUUUGGGAUUCGGUGAGCACAAUCGAGUUAGGAUGGGAUUGUGGUGCGCUACGCCGGUACUUCCGGUAAGCAUGUAUUGCCUCUGUAUAGGUUUGUAUCCGGCCCAUUGUUCUUGUAGCUAAAACGCAAUCCUUCCCACUGUCCCAUCCAAUAAAUGACCCUGAAAACAUAGCCUACAUUUGAAAAAUGCACUCGAGCUAACCCUAAACCUAACGCCAACUUUACUUGUUUUAUUAUUUCGCUUGGCUUACUUAAUAGGCAACCAAUCAAAUCUUAAAUCAGCUUGAUCGUCGUCGCUCAUCGUAGUGGAAAAGUGCCUACAUUUUACUGAUUAAUUUGUAAGGAAUUUGGGUUAACCAACAUGAAGACCAAGCAGCAGUUAUCUUAUAAGCAGAACAACAUCUGAAAGAUACCCCUACCACUGUAAGUUUCACAUUCUGUAGAAACAGGCAUUAGAGGCAUUAUAACAAACCCCCAAAUAUAUAUUUUAAAGGUGAAUAACACAAAAAACAUUUAAAUAAGUACGAGGUAUUUGGUAUUACUUCACUUAAAGAAGGUAUAACUAUAUUUGGACACAAUCCGUGAGGUGAACAGUUGUGUGCACAUUAGAGUACUCCCAUUGGAAGAUGAUAAUGCUAAAAAACUUGUUAAGCAUUUAUGAAUAUUCAUAAUGCCAUAGUUAAGGAUUAUAAACUUUAGGGGAAAACAAUUUCCCCCAUCAAAUAUAUUAUAUUGAAACUAUAUCUUAAAAAACAUCUCUCUCAUUGAUAUAGCUACAUACACGCACAAAAACACCACAACACACGUGUGUACACAAACAUGCUUCUCAAUGUGUAAAAAGUACAACCCACACCAGAUGUCUGUUAUUAUCGGAUCUUAAUAACACAACGCUGUGAAAGGGGUCAUAUGCUCAUGACGAGUCUUAUAGUUAAGCAGUAAGUCUUGAAGGGGUGUUAAAUAUGGUGUAUAUAACAUGGCUAAAGGACAGAGUAAAACUCCUGUUGUGCCUAAUUAUUAUUUAAAAUUGGUUACCCUCGCCAUCAUACCGGUAGAAAACAUAACCGCGAUGUACAGUCUCAUACAGCUACCUCAGCUGUCAGCCAAUCACCCUUCAGGGUUCAAACCACCCAGUUUAUAAUCUUGAUAUAACAAUGAGUGUAUAUUUGAUCUCUGAAAACUGUGGCUUGAACCCGGAAGUGUGAAUGUGAGUCUAUACACGAAGCAUGUGACGAAUCAUCACAGGUCUAUAAUUAGCAAUAUGGCAUUUUGGGGAUUGGUGGUGUUUUGCGAAUGCACCACCCAUGGGCUGGAUCCAGGCACUCAGAGCAGCUCUUAGCCGUGUUAUUGGCCAUACACCAUGCCCCGUUGUGCCUUACAGCUUAAAUAGCCACCCCAUAACACAACAUACUAUGCAAGUAGGCUUUACGCAAAGUGCAGUCGUCAGUUUACCUUGUUUCUAAUGACCAAUGCGGUUGUUUCUGUUAUCCAGUGGUUACAAAGGGACCAACAUUUUAUGAAGCCGUUGCAAACACUGCCUACCGAUUGACUGACAUGUCUAGGUGCUUUCUGACAGAACUCAUCUGACUAACGGCUGCCAAUGAAAUUCGCUGACAAUGGACGCUAUAGCCAACACUGAAAAAAACGACAGGUCUGCGUUUAUUAGUCAGCAAAUGGAAGUAAACGGCUUGAAUCACGGACGAUCACGGACUACCUUCUAAUGAAAAAAUUUCAAGAAAAAAUAUGUUGCGAAGUGUUUUGAAACAUUCUCCGCCAGUUGCCCUCAAGUAUGUGACCCAGCAGUAACACUUCAUAACGGAAUCACUGAACUAACAGGCAACUGAUGUGGGACGUUUUUUAAAAGUUGAACAGUGCGUUUGGUUUGAACACCGUCCAUUUUGUGAGCAUAGAUAUUUCAUUAAAAACAAACAAGGUGUUUCUCUCACGUUCAUUGGCAGUUUAAAGUGAUUUGUUGUUGAGGGAUUUUUGUGUAUUUCUUCUGGACCGUUCUGAACACUUCAGACUUGUACAAUAAAUAGUGACAAAAUUAAAAACAAAUCACAUACAAUUA